ACGAAUAAAGGUGUGCCUCGCGGCGCGGAGUAUAUUGGAAUAUUAACAUUCCGUGUGUUAUUUUUCGAAUCCUCGAAGUUCCCGUUACUACAUUUGGCGACGACGGUGAAUUAUGGCUGGAAAUGACUGCCGUGUAAGAGCGUUCCAGACGUCGGUGGAAUCUUCUCAGCUACCGGUAGCAUGGAGCAAGUGGAAAAGAGAUUUGGAAUCGUACUUUGAGGCAGAGAACAUUGUUUCGCAGUAUCAGAGAAAAGCCAAGUUGCUAUAUCUGGGUGGUCCGGACUUGAGGGAUAUAUUUGACAAUCUCCCGGAUGUUGACAAUGUUCCUCAUGUAUUGGUGGACCCGCCAUACUAUGACACGGCGAUUUCUAAGCUGGAUGCUCAUUUUGAGCCGUUCCGCCGUCGAACGUAUGAACGACACCAAUUUCGACAAAUCGCGCAAAAACCAACAGAGAGGUUCUCAGAUUUUGUGCUACGACUACGUACACAAGUAAAGCGUUGUGAAUACAGUCAACCGGAUGAGAUGGUUGUUGACCAAAUUGUGGAAAAAUGCACAUCCAACAAAUUACGGCAGAAGCUUCUGAAACGAGACAUGUUUCUUGAUGAGGUUGAGGCACUUGGUACUAGCUUGGAAGAAAGCGAGCGUCAACUGAAGGAAUUCAAUAGAGUUCCUCAUGAAUCUAUCAACAGACUAUCGUUUCGGAAUCAAAACCAUGGACAUCCAUCAUCAUUUUCCAACAGGCAGGGAGUUCCGAAAAUCCCGUAUCAAUGGACGAAUAACCGUUACUCGUACUCUCGUGGUGGCCUGAAUCAAUCUAGAUCAGAACCAGUAUGUUUCGCGUGUGGGAAAAAGGGUCACGUGAAAGGCGCAGAAGGUUGUCCGGCGAGUCGAGCUCAAUGCUUGAAAUGUCGGGGAUUUGGCCAUUUCGCCCGCCAGUGUCUCAAGAGACCUAACAACGACCAGCGUGGACCGGUUCCAGUAAAGCGUAUCAGAGCGGUUCAUGAAAAGGACGAGCAAAACAAGGACGACGAUGGUUACAUCUUUUAUGCCAUGGGGAGAAACACUUUUAUGUUUCAGAUCGGUGACGUUGAAGUCCCGAUGGUAAUUGAUUCGGGGGCUGCGGCGAACAUAAUCAGCAUUACUGUUUGGGAAGAAAUGAAACGAUUGGGCGCUAAGGUUUCGAAUAUGUCUACGAUGGUUGAUAAGGAUUUCACCAGCUACGCUUCAACAAAGCCGAUGGAGAUACUAGGAAGUUUUACGGCAACUGUCCAAGGAGGCGGAAGACGAACUGAAGCAACUUUUUAUGUGGCCAAGAAGGGACAACAAUGCUUAUUGGGAGAUCAGACAGCCAAAGAGUUGAGCGUCCUUAAAGUAGGGUUUGAUGUAGGAAAUGUCGAGCAACAGCAGGAAUUCACCAAGUUCAAGGGAGUGGUUGUCGAAAUACCUAUCGAUGAGGAAGUUCAACCGGUUCAGCAGCCCUACCGCCGAGUACCGUUCGCUUUGGAAGAGAAGGUAGAAGAAAAGUUGAGGAUGAUGUUGGCACAGGGAAUUAUUGAACGUGUACGAGGACCAUCCCGGUGGGUAUCGCCAAUGGUACCGGUGCUGAAGGACUCAGGCGAGAUAAGGUUAUGCAUCGAUAUGCGCCGAGCAAACCAGGCGAUUAUAAGGGAGACGCAUCCACUUCCAACGGUAGAAGAGUUAUUGGGCUCAGUCAGCGGAGCCACUGUUUUCUCAAAGUUGGAUGUAAAGGACGCGUACCACCAACUGGAAAUUUCGGAGAAGUCGCGAACCAUUACAACGUUCAUUACCAAAAGCGGGUUGUUCAGGUAA